AGCCGCGAUCAUGGUGUUGUGCGUCGUUAACUAAGUGAACCCGGAUAUAUUGCUUUGACUUUAGGACGUUCAGUGAACAAUGAUCAUGAUGGACAUAAGUAUGUACGGCCAUCAUAAUCAGCACGGUGCUACAUACAACUCAACCGCCGAAACUAACUACUACAACUUCAACAGUGACUUGACCCACACAAACCAUCAGUUUUCUAGCAACCACUACCCGUCGUACCACUAUGACGACACGUCUUAUUUAUACGGUACCACCACCGACUCAGUGGAGACACCACCAAGUCCCCAAGACUUGAACUACUACCCCCAUCAAGCCAUCCAGGAAAACCCUAUAAUUAACACCGACACCGGCCUAAGCUACACCAACUUAGACUACAACAACACAAACGGCAACCACAUGUACCACCCCCAGGCCACCUACAACGAGUCGUACCCGAGACAGGACGCCCUGCUUCGACACGAGGACAACGCCGACGGCCAACAGCUGCACCAGAACUACGUGCACGACAAUAAGUACCACAUCGAAAACGACGUCUCGUACCAUCACCAGCCGAGCAGUUCCUGCAUGGAGUUCCAGCAGUUGCACAGGUACAAGGAGGAGGUGAUGCACGGUGACGGGAGGCUGAGGGGCCACCAUGUGAUGCACAGUAUAAACGCCGUGCCGCAGCCACAGCCGGUACUGCCCACGUACAAGUGGAUGCAAGUCAAGAGGAACGUGCCCAAGCCUGCCCCAAAGAUGCCGCCGUCAACAAUGAACGACUACUCCGCAACCACCACCACCUCCCUCAACUUGGAGGCUCAAAACCCGGCGUCGCGAAGCUCCUGCCUCGGUUCCAACACCUCCAGCCUCCUGAGCCUCAACUGCCUCAACACCGGCCGGACCAACUUCACCAACAAGCAGCUGACGGAGCUGGAGAAAGAGUUUCACUUCAACAAAUACCUAACCAGAGCCAGACGGAUAGAAAUCGCCUCGGCUCUGCAACUCAACGAGACGCAGGUCAAGAUUUGGUUCCAGAACAGGCGGAUGAAGCAGAAGAAGCGAAUGAAGGAGGGCCUCAUACCGCCGGAGCCGAUACACAACGCGGGGAGCAACAGCAACUCGCCCAAGUCGUCGAACAUGGCGCCCGGGGAUUCCGUGACGGGCAGCAACGAGAACAGUCGAGAAUCGAACUGAAUCGGUUUGGAGGGUGUGUAAAGUAAUUUAUGAAAUGAUGGAUUAAUUGGUUGGAACUGAAACUUUAGUAUAGUUUUUGUACAUAUGCUGUGUUAAGGUCCUGUGUAGGUCUAAAAUUGAUAAAAUAUUUAUUUUAAAUUCAUAAAUACAUAUUAUAAAAUCAUUUGUAAAUUACUUUAUGACGUUUCAAUAUAUUGUGUAUUCUGUCGCCAAAGAUAUAGUAGU